AUGAAGGCUUACAUUGCGCUUCCUGCUGUCGCAGCGUUGGUUUAUCGAGCAUACUCAAGAAAGUCCUUGACCCCUCUAGGUAUUGCAUCUGCUGGGAUGACCGGCCUUGCCCACGCCCUUCAUCCCUUCAGUCUCCCGUUCGCGUUGCUGUUCGUUUUCUACUUUGGUUGUAUGAGAGCUACGAGGGUGAAGCAUGAAAUCAAGGCAAAACUCACCUUGAACGCUGCUGGUGGGACAGGCGGCGAAGGCACGCGAAUCCAUACCCAAGUCUUCGCGAAUUCGCUCUCCGGUUCACUUUUGUGUAUCAUGUAUGCAUUACAUUACUAUCUUGACGUCGACGAGAAACCUCGAUACGGUCAAUGCUGGACCUGGGGCGCUGGCGCAAGCACGCAGGACGUUCUCCUUGUGGGAAUCAUAGCAAAUUACGCUGCGGUCACGGCAGACACAUUCUCAUCGGAGCUAGGAAUUCUCUCUACCAAGCCACCCCGCCUCAUCACGUCGAGAACGUUCAAGCGUGUGCCACACGGUACAAACGGAGGUGUCUCCAGCGUCGGGACUCUCGCUGGCGUACUAGAAGCAUUUCUGAUCGCCGUUGCAACCGUCAUCCUCUUGCCAGUUUGCGACGGGUGGAGCGCGUGGCAGAACCUUUUCUGUCUCUGCACCGUCACUUCCUGUGGCCUGUUCGGCACCCUCAUCGACAGCUUCUUAGGUGGCUGUCUGCAGGAAACCAUCAUUGACUCCGACACGGGCAAGGUCCUCGAGGCAAAUGGCGGGAAACGGGUAACCCCCCCUUCCCAUCAUAUACACAGAAUGGCCUUUUUUUUUUGGCCUCCCACGUUGUUUUUGUUCUAA